AUGGAGACGCCGUCGCCGCGGCGUGGUGCUGGUGAAAAGCGAGCGCCUGGAGCGGAUCUUGCUGGGGGUGCGUUCUUCUGGCGCGCUGCCUGUGCCCAGAGCUCCAGAGCAGCUGCGAAGUGUGUAGUCACUGGAAAACUCCUAGCCUCAUGUUCAGUGCAUGAAGAUGGAAGACCAUUCUACGUAGUGGAAGGCUCACUGGAAGCUAUUGAGAAGUUUCAAUACCGUGUUCUUUCCAAAGUGGCCCAUACUGGACUGUCAGAGUCACUGCAAAUUUCGUGGAAAUUAGUCCUCAAGAGUCAGGUAGCCAGCAUCGCGCAGCUCGCCGGUGUGGAUGCGUCCGGUCUGUUCUCAAUGAUUGUGGAGGCCGCACAGACGGUUAAAAGGAGCCGGGAGACCUGCCAGCUGCUGGCACGGCGUACAAAGAUGAUGGGAGAUCUUCUGCAGCAGCUCCAGAGCACGCAGCUGAUGCAGCACACGGAGACGAGGAUCCCUGUGGAGCAGCUGGAGGAGACACUUCGGCACACCCUCAGAACUAAGGACCUCAAGGCAUUUAUAUUUGAAGAUUCAGGUUCUCAUCCUCUCCUAAAAUCUAGGGGAGAGCAAAAUCUAGGCCACGGCAUGAACACGGGAGAUGUAGCAAAUACCAUUUGUGAUCGAGAAGAAGAGUUGCUGCAUUUUAGUUUCUCUCAGAUUUUGGAUGCUACAGACAAUUUAUCAGAAAGAAACUUGGUUGGAAUUGGUGGAUUUGGUCAUGUUUACAUGGGCAAACUGUUGAAUGGUCUUGACAUUGCUGUCAAAAGAUGCAGUAAAUCGUCAACUCAAGAUGAAACAAAAAGGGUGUUGCUAAAUUGGUCUAAACGUCUUCAAAUAAUUGAGGCCAUAGCUGAUGGUCUUGCUUAUUUACAUGGGAAUUCCCAGAUGGGCAUUGUCCACAGGGACAUUCAUCCGGAUAACAUCUUGUUGGAUCAGGAAAUGAAUGCCAAAAUUUCUGAUUUUGGUCUGGCUAUGAAGCUAGCUCCAAAUGCAAUUGAAGAGGUGGCCGUGUGUGGCACAUAG